AUGAUUCCUGCAGAUGUUGAUCGCCGAGUCAGCAUGCUCUUGGACGGUGCCGCCAGUGGAGAGAAACUGGUGAACACAGUUCACCAAGUCAUGCAGGUUUUGAGAGAUAAUGGGCUCGUAACCUCUAUGAGACUGGUUCCCUCGGCAGUUGGGGUCCAUCCCAAAAAUAGGGAUGGCAUGGGCUUGAAUAGCAGUGACGUCCACACUCUCCUUUCGAACCUCCUCGAAGUAGGAUUUGUGUCGGAGAGGACACAUUGUGUUGCUAUCGAACCAGCCAGCGAUGAAGAAUUGAAAUGGAAUCAGCAGCUCAUCGACAGUUGCCAGGGGCUGCUGGGGACGAUGAAACCUCUGCAGACACUGAAGGCAUUGAGCCUUUGUGGCAGUCACACCAAUUUUGCUCUUCGGGUCAUCGCCGACGCUGCCCCUCAUCAGGGCCCCGAGAGCGAGAAGGUCACUGUGGGAGGCCGGCUUGAUGUGGGGUUGGUGUCCAAGGUCGAUGCAGCCCUCGCCGACCAUGUUCGGUAUGGCUUGAAUUGGGAGGUGUUGUCGUCAUCGGUGGGCCUUCGCUGGCCAGAACUCUUGCAGAAGAAGACACUGUCAUCCCGCCCGGCCUGUGGCAACUCCUUCCCACACUUUUACCAGUUCGCUUUAAAGCUUCUUGUCCUCAGGUAUUGUGGUGGCGCCGAAGGCCUCUUCUUGAGUGAGACGGAGAAGUUCGUGAGGGCUAGGGGCUCCACGACAGCACUCGGCGAGAAGGUGUGGGAGGCGAUCUGUCAUGAAAUCAAAGGCAGCAAGAACCAGCUGCCCUUGUUUCGGCACGGGUUGCUGAAACUCGCCAUGACCGGCAUGCACUUGAGUGCCACAGAUUGCAAGCGUGUUUUCAGCAACAGCUCCAUGGUUGGCAAGGCUGUGAAGGCUGACGGGCUCAUGUCCCAGCUCCGAACACUGGCCACUCAAGCGAGCCACGGAGCUCCCGCCGAGCAGAACCUUGUGAAUGUCUUGGGAGUGGUGGACUCCAACAUGGUGGCUCAUGUCAUGAACAUGCAGGUCGCAGAUGAGAAAAGAUACAGAUCUUUGGAGGGCAUCUGCCACGAUGCUGUCUCGAUUCUCGCCAAGGUCCUCGGUGUGCCGAUUGCUUCCCUGUGGGAGGCCCAUGCCGAGACACUCCCUGCAGCCGAAUCCGGAGGGAAACCAGCAGAUCGACUCAUUGAGCUUAACCCGGACGGGUCCAUGAAGCAGCCAGGUGAGAUCUUGGAAUCCAUGUCUAUCAAGGCUGGAACAUUCGUUCGCCGGAAGAAGGACAAAGUCGAAUGCGAAGUUUUGCAUGUUGAUCAUGCUGUGAAGCUCAAAAACCUGAGCGACGGCCGUGCAGUGAAGGUCCAGAUCGAUGCUUUUGUUCGAGGCGAAUGGCAAGUGUAUACCCCGAAGCAAGAGGUGCAUGAGAUCGUGGACCUGGAGCUAUACGGACCCCAGGGGCAGUCAGUCCACCCCGAUUUCGAUAUCGCCCACACAGUGGCCAAAAUCCAUUGCGAGAUGCAUGCUCUCGUUGAGAACCAUGAUGUGCAUGGCAGCAUGAAGAUGUUGAAGUUCGUGUUUCGACCUACGAGAAGCCUUGUGACCAAGUCGGCUAUCGGCAAGGGCAAACUGAUUCUCGUCCCCUUCAGCUCCAAGGUUGUCGCCCGAAGCAGCUCGGACACCCUGCAUGGAGCUGCAGAGGUGACUUUGCAGAACGGAUGCCACGAUCGUCGCUUCUUCAUUGUUGCCUCCAACAUCAUGCCCAAAGCAAGCGAGGAGGCCCCUGACCUGCCCGUGGGUUUCUUGUGCCCGUACUUCAUGAUCCAGACCGUAGAGGACGAGAGUAAGGCCAACAUGACGAGUGUGCUGUCGGGGACCAAGUCAUCGGAUCUUCGUGUGCCAUUGAUGAAGAACAGUGUCCCCUUGGCUGCUGGGCAAGAGCUCUUAAUCUUCAAGGCAAAGGCCCCCAAGCAGGAAGAGCCCUUAGAGGCAGCAUCCCCCCAAAGGCGCCUGAAAGGCAAGCAGGCUGCAUGA